GUUCAAAGGACGCCUUCGCUAUCCUCGUGUUGAUAGUUGCGCAAAGUAGCCAGUUUUACCCGCAAUAAAGAACUAGAAACGAGCCUCCAUGUCCUCCUACACGUGCAUCAGCUGCCGCGUGCGGUUCGCCGACGGCGAUAUGCAGCGGGCGCACUACAAGACGGACUGGCACCGCUACAACCUGAAGCGCAAGGUCGCCGCCAUGCCGCCCGUCACAGCCGAGAGCUUCCAGGCACGCGUGCUGGCGCAGAGGACGGCCUCCGAGCAGCAGAGCCCCGGCCCCGCCUCCGUCUGUUCCACCUGCAGCAAAAGGUUCUCCAGCGCCAACGCCUACGCCAACCACCUGCAGUCCAGCAGGCACCAGCACGUCGAGAGCAGGGCGCUGGCCGCCGCCCGUGAUGAGGUCCAGCGGCUGAACGAGAAGAACCUGGAGAAGGGCGCGGCAGCACUGGACAAGGACGCGCAGAACGAGGCUCUGCAGAGGGCGCUGAGGGAGCGGCAGAGGCGUGGCCCGGCGAAAGCCACACCCACUGAAAGGCGGGGCCAGCAACGGCCGAGCAAGGCGCCUCGGCUGCGGUGGUUCGAACAGCAGGCCAAGAAGAUCGGAGCGGAGGAGGAGGAGGAGGAGGAGGAGGAAGAAGAAGAAGAGUGGGAAGACGUCGAUGACGACGAGGACGAUGAUGAUGAUGAUGAUGAUGAAGAGAUGGAGGCUGACGAAGAGGAGCAGAUGGUGGGAGCGGGCGCGUCUGCGUCGGCCCCCGCCCCCGGGGUCAUUCCCGCCACAGACUGCCUGUUCUGCGACCACCAUUCGCGCUCGUUGGGCAGAAAUGUGACGCACAUGACCAAAGUGCACAGCUUUUUCCUGCCAGACAUUGAGUACUUGGUAGACCUGAGAGGGCUCGUCACAUAUCUCGGAGAGAAGGUCGGCGUGGGGAAAGUGUGUCUGUGGUGUAACGAGAGAGGCAGAUCGUUUUACACUACGGAGGCAGUGCAGGCUCACAUGAACGACAAAGGCCACUGCAAACUCUACACGGAUGGAGACGCAGCCCUGGAGUUCGCCGACUUCUACGACUUCAGGAGUAGCUACCCAGAUGCCAAAGACGGAGAUGAUGUGGAGAUGAAGGGCGAAGAAUUGCCAGACGAGAAGACUGUGGAGUUUGAUGACGAGACGCUGGAGCUCACGCUCCCCUCAGGGGCCAAGAUUGGACAUCGCUCACUGAUGCGGUACUACAAGCAGCGUUUUGGGACGCAGAGGGCACUGGUUCCGGCCCAUAGCCAGCGGGCGGUGGGACGCGUCCUGAAGCAGUACCGUGCCUUAGGAUGGGCAGGAGAACCCGGUAAAAGCUUUGUCACCCAGCAGCAGAAAGACAUGCAAUAUGUGCAGAGGAUGAAGGCCAAGUGGUUGCUGAGGAUGGGUGUGAGCAACAACGUAACCAAGCAGACCUAUUUCAGGCACCAAGUCAUGUUCUAGUCGCCUCGUUGCCAGCUCGGUAGCAUAAAGAACAUUGGGAGUGGGGCUUGUUUGUGUCCCAGUGUACGCUUAUCUUUAAGGACCUUCUGAAGUUCUACAUCAGAACACACAACAUUAUUAUCAUAUGUAUAUAUAUUUUUGGAUUAAAUGACUGUGAGGUGGACAUACUGCAACAAAUAGAGUUUUGGUGGAUGGAGAAUAGAGCAUUGUUAUUCUGAACAUUGUUAUGCCUUUAUUCUGAAUUUACAGCGGUUGUAACCCCGAAUUAAGUUUUCAAUAGCCAAUGAUUUGUUCUAAAUGAAAAACACGAUGGAUCUAGGCUGUUGGCCUUCUCAGCUGUACGAUCAACCGUUUUUCAGUGGACGCAGAAAUUGCUAACUUUUAAUGAGCUAAUGGAUGCUUAUGUGAUUAACCUUGUUGAAUAAAAGGUUUUUUGGCAGAUAA